AUGUUGAUCAAAAAAUCUCUCAUUUAUUUCUCUUUUCUUGCAGUUUCGCUUCCAAGUAGCGUCAUAGCCGAUGAUGACAAUUGGAUGUUAGAUUUCGACCAGAAAGACAUUGCCAAAUAUUAUCGGAGCGAAUACCCUGACCAAACAUUUUAUAUUUAUGGGGUCAACGUCUUCGGCAAUCCAAAACUCGUUCAAAAACUUCUAUAUUAUAAGAAAAUAGCAGAGCGGGACAACGGAAUGGCCUAUUAUAUGUUUGAUCAUUCAGCCAAGGCUAUAGUAGCCGCUACUCCCAUACCUUGGAAUAGUAUCGGACUGCAAAAGAAAGUCGCGCCCCCCACCAAGUGGAUAUCUUUCAAGGGUUGGGUAUCAUGA